AUGGAUGCAUCGUCUCUCCUCAAAUGGCUGUCGUCUUUCCUUGGAUGGCUAUGGUCUAUGCUUAUAUGGCCAAUUUGGACUGGAGACAACAAAAUGGCCAAGCAUCUGCAAAUUCCUAAAGGUCAGCUCGAGUUCGGUGAGUGUGUGGGUGAGGGUGGCUUUGGGCAAGUUUUCCGCGGAAAGUGGAAAACAAAAGAAGGAGAAAAAACAGUGGCGAUGAAACGAGUCACCAAAUUCGAAAAAGAGGUGAAAAUAUUAUCCGAAUUUGACCACCCGAAUGUAAUCCAGUUCUACGGCGUUUCAGAAGACCAUCUUGGAUACAUUAUUGUGACAGAAUACGCCGAAGGUGGUUCCUUAUACGAUCACCUUCACAAUGGGGACAAUACAAGCAUCGAUUUCAAGCAAAUUAUCACUUGGGCCCUGGAGAUAGCGCGUGGAGUGGAGUAUUUGCAUUAUGAUGCUCCCGUAAAAACAAUUCAUCGUGAUUUAAAAUCAAAAAAUGUUGUGCUGACUAGUGAACGCGUCUGCAAAUUAUGCGAUUUCGGAGCAUCAAAGAAUUCGGUUCACUCGGUCACAUCAACAUCGUUAAAUGGUACAAUUCCGUGGAUGAGCCCGGAACAGAUCAAAAGGGAUAGAAUAUCCACAGCAACAGACGUGUGGAGCUAUGGAGUGAUCUUAUGGGAAAUGAUCACGCGAAAAAUGCCCUAUAAAGGUUUACCUGAGUUAACAGUAUUCGGUUCGAUUGCAAACAAUGGUUCAACUCUGGUGAUACCAGAAGAUUGCCCGGCCGCUUUCAAACGUUUGAUGCAGAACUGCUGGAUAAUGGAGCCAGAAAAUCGCUACAAUAUGCGUCAAGUAAUCUCGGCGCUCAAUGAUAUGCAAAUGGAGAUGCAACCCGAGACAAUGUUGCGCAACGAGCUGCAGAAAAUGCGUGAUGAGCUGCAGAAAACGAUGCGUGAUGAGCUGCGAAAGACCCGCGAAGAAAUGAAGCAGAAUUUAUUCGGAGCGAUUGCUCUGAUGAGAACACUCGGUGAAUGCGUGAGUGAUGAAGACCUGACUAGAGCGUUGCGUUUAACUGGUAACGAUCCAUCGAUGGUACUAGUUUAUGAUGCGAUAAAGUGCAGAAAGAGGUAUUAA